UUAUACAAAAUGGCGACGUCUGCUGACGUGGAAAAGGCAUUGCUAAAGGAAAGUUAUGGUGAUUUGUUAACUUGUACCAUUUGUCUUGAGACAUUUAAAGUACCAAAAUAUCUUCCAUGUCUCCAUACGUUCUGUGAAACCUGUAUACAUACGUAUAUAUUAUCAACGGUAAAGGAGGAUAAACUAGAAACUUUCAAAUGUCCGAUAUGUCGUCGACAAGUUCGGAUUGAGGAGUGUCAAGAAAAAGCGGACGAAUGGGCGAAACAAUUACCUGGGAAUCAUUUUGUCGUUUCGUUGAUAGAUCAGAGAGAAUUAAAACAAGCAGCGAAAGAAUGCAAUGCUUGUGAACGUAAAAAUAAAUCAAUAAAAGCCGUGUCCUGGUGUACCAUUUGUGAAGAGGCAUAUUGUGAUACUUGUGAAGAAAGUCAUAAAUCUUUUAAAAUGAGCAUUGACCAUAAAGUCAUUCAAAUAAAAGAUGUGAUCAAAGAUAGUUCUUUGUCGCUUUCUAGUUUAGUAGCAUGCAACGAACACCCAAAGAAAACAAUAGAAGUGUAUUGUAAAGAUCACAGUAAACCGUGUUGUACUCUUUGUGCAACAGUUCACCACCGGAAAUGUGAACAAGUUGUUACAAUAGAUAAAGCCUUGUACAGAAUAAAGGAGUCUGAAAAAGUCAAAGAACUGGUCAAAAGAUUACACGAAAGUAAUAAAAACUUGGAAGAUGUUCUUCAAAAACGUAAACAGAAUAUAAAAACGUUCGAAACGGACAUCGGUACUGUUCUUUCAAAAAUCGAGACGUUGAGAGACAAUCUUAUUAGACACGCAAAAUCACUUGAGGAAAAUUUACGGGAUGAACUGAUGAAUUCGAAGAAACAAGUAACCAUUAAUAUGAAUGAUGAAGUAACUGAACUGUCAAGUUUGAAAAGUAAUUUCAUGAAUUGGAAGAAUAUAUUUGACGCUUGUAUCACUGACGGCUCAGAACUGCAUUGCUUAAUAAAGAUGCAAGAGAUUUUAGAAAAUCUUCCACAAGUUGACAAAAGAGUGACAAAAAUUACCAGAGAAAUAAAGGACACAUCAAUAACGUUUGAACCAAAUAACACAACAUCUGAUAUAACGUCACUAGGUCGAAUAAUUUUAAAAGGUUCAACCACGAAACGUCUACAGGGAAUAAGUAAAGUUAAUUUUCAUUCAGGGAAUGUAAAACUAUUAUUUACAAUAAACGUAGUUGGAGGAGAACAAAUCAGUGGGAUAUUCCUAAAUGGUUAUAUCUUACUUUCUGAUUACAAAGGUAAAAUUAUCAAAUACGAUGACAAAGGAACUCAAAUAGGAGAACUCAAAAUAACAGGAACUCCAAGUGACAUAACAAAAAUUGAUGACAUAAAUGUUGUAGUGGCAACACAUUCAACUCAGAUUCACUUAAUUAACGCUCAGUCACUUACUCUGCAUAAAACAAUUACUGCCAAUAUAAAAAUAUAUGGUUUGAGCUUUGUAAAUAACGAGUAUAUAAGUUCAAAUUUUGAUUACUCAUACAUAUCAUGGUUGGAUUCUUCUUUCAAAAUAAUCCGGACUGUAGAAUCAUCUGCAUCGGCUUAUUUUGUAUGUUGCAGUAGUAAAGAUGAUUAUAUAUACAAACAAGGAAAUUCAAUUAAACAUGUAUCUUCCACUGGAACUUUAACUUAUGCAGGUGACGAUACUCCAUUCACGUAUGGUGUUGACUUUGAAGAUAACAUAUAUGUUGCUGGGCAUACUUCAGACACAAUACAUCAGCUAACCCCAACAUGUGAGCUGAUAAGGGUCAUUCCUAUUUCAACAUUUGCUACCAAACCGGGUGAUUAUUUAUGGGUUUUGCGAUUUGAAGAAAACAGUAACAGAUUUUUGUUCACUAGUUUUCACGGUGGGAAAGUGUUAAUAUGUCAAAUUGAUUAGGAUGUUAUUAAGUGAUAUUAUUGUAGAUGUUGUAGUUCUCAGAUAUUAUUCUUUGGAUUAAUGUACUUGUAUAACCAAAAAAAUACUAAUUUGUUAUUCGUAUACCUUGCAAAUCGAUCAAUUGAUAGAAGUACAACAACAAAUAUGAAAAGUUGAUAAUAGUGAUUAUCACUGCUUGAUUAUUUUUAUGUACCUGAAACUGUCCAUUUUAUCAGCCAAUGUGUUUCCAAUUGACAUUUUUAAUACAAAUGACAUAAAUUCCUAGAAAUUAGUCGGUAUUAAAUCAGUCAAAUUCUAAUUAGAAAUUCCUUUCGUUAUAGUUGACGUAUGACUAUUUUGGCUAAGCUCGGUAUUUGGUUGGACUCUUUUUAACCUUUUUAUAGCUUUUUGACUAAACAAUCUUAGGGUAUUGAAUGAUGGGUUUUCAAGAAACACAGGAAAAAUUUACUUUGCUUUAAGAGAAUUGAACUACUUUUUCAAUUCAUUAUAAUACAUGCUGUCUAUUAUACCUAGA